UGCGUUGCCUUCCCGAGAGAGAGAGAGAGAGAGAUAAGAUUUGCAUCUUAAGCCAUAACUCAUAAGGGGUUUCCUCUUCUCUCUCGCCGCCACCGAUGCUCCGAUUUCGAUUCUCCUCUUCCUCUUGACUUUUCUUCUUCUCUUUGCUGCGAGAGAAAAGGAAACAAAGGGUCAGAUUGGUAAAAACGUUCCAGAUCGAGGAAGAAGAAUCCAGAAGUUUCUGGGAACAUCCAGCCGCUUUUUUUCAUGGACGCAGCUUUCGCAACACCGCCGCCGGAAACCGCCUCUGAAACCGGUGCUGCGGUUACGGGAGAUAAUGGAUUUUCGGUGGAUCCUUUUCUAGUCGAGGCUUUGCAGAACCCUCGUCAUCGUCUGACGAUUUUGCGGAUGGAACUUGAUGUUCAACGGUUCUUACAGAACCUUGAACAGCAGCAGUUCGAGUUCCAGCAUUUUCCUACUUCGUAUCUUCGACUUGCAGCCCAUCGUGUUGCAAACCACUAUGGACUAGCUACAGCGGUUCAAGACAGUGGUGUUGAUGGCAAUGAGAACAUAAUCCUUGUGACUAAAACAACAGAGAGCAGAUUUCCUGCUGUUCGCUUGUCUGAAAUUCCGACGGCAAAACAGUCAGAAAAUGGUAAAUUUGAGCACAUGAAAGUUUCCAUCAAGACUCGACCUUCUAAAGGAUCUGGAUAUGGCUCUGGUGAACUGGAAAAGAAAGGUGGUCAUCUUAGGAGUGUCGAAGAGAGGAAAGAAGAGUAUGACAGGGCUCGAGCGCGCAUAUUUAAUGAUCUUACAGGCCGUAAUGGCGAUGACUCUUCUUCUGAAACUCAGGUUUAUGGGAGGAAUACAAGUCUUGGUAGAGAUGACAAUCAAGUAUCUAAGAAUGCGUAUGUUGAGGUAGAGAAGAACUUAAGCCUCAGGGAAACGGGUCCAACAUCUCGUGUUGCAAUUCUUAGAGACAGAGAAAAAGAUCGUUUUGACCCUGAUUAUGACCGCAGUUACGAAAGGUACAUUAGGAGCCUUCCGGUUAAUCAGAAUUUCCAUCUACCACCAGCCUUCAACAUUCAGCAAAUGCAGUCACCGUACUACGAAAUGGGAUUUACCGGAUAUAACCAUAUCCCAAAUACUCAUGCUUCAUUUAACUUUGGACCACCUGCAAGCUCUAUCAUGAGUCCUUAUGGCACCACAGUUUUACACCAGCCUUCAACGGAUGCAAUGUAUAUGCAGUGGCCUAAUGCAGCUAUGAUGUAUGCCCAUUCGUAUGACCAGUUCAGAAAUGCAUCUCUUCAGGCACAAUUCUGUCAGCAACCCUUGAGCUUCGACUACAUGCAGAACCGCUAGGCACUUGUCGUUAGGCCUUAAUCCCUCUAUCAAUCUCUAUCUCUGUUUACCAGCUUUUUCUAAAACCUAAUAUUGUUGUAAUGGAAAUUUUUGAAAUGUAAUGUGAUACUCUUGUUUCUCUUACGAUUAUCAAUAUGAACUGCUCUUCUGAGUCAAA